GUGAAUUGACACGUCUUCAGCAGGUUAGUUGGUUCCCUUCUUUCCUGAAUUGUUCUUCGAGAAGGCGCGCACAAGUAUUUCCGGAUCUGACGAGCUGUUGUGAAAGACAAAAAAAUUAUGGCGGAGCAGAUCAACAUCACUCCUCGUGAGGAGCAGGGCUCAAAAGAGUCCGUGCGGCCCUCGACGGAUUCUGGAUGUAAGGGAGGUAUCGACACGGUGUCGGAUUGGUUUGAUAAGGCCUUUGACGAAGUUGGGCAAGCGUACGGUCGCCAGGCGGUGCGUCGGCCCGUCGCGUGUGCGUGUGCAGGAUUUUGGGUCUUGCUCCUAACCGCCAUCCCCGUCUUGGUCAGUCUGACGCAAACCGACCACAAUGGGCGCCCGAUGCGCAGUAUUUUUUGUUUUUCUCUUGUUUAGAAUACGUUGAGCAAUACACGAUGUCUGGGCUCCCGCAGUUCAUCCGGCCGAAACCGACAUGUCGCUGCUGUCGGACACGAUCUACUAGAACAUGAACUGACUGUAAUAGAACUAGGACUUGGCUAUUUUAUCUUGCACUUCCACGUAACUACAGGCCCCGUCAACAAAAACCGCGGAUUUGCGUACCGCUCUGACUACAAAAUGUGGUCCCCAGUCUAUCGUAAUGAUUAGCGCACUCGCCCCGAAGUUCCUCUAUCAAAUUAAUAUUGCUAGGCUCUACUUUCGAGCGAGUUGUAAAAGCAAUUGCGUUUUGCAUGACCAUGACAAACAUUUGUGUGCGAUAUUCCCCUUGCACUCCUGGAACUUUAGCAGGACAGCUGGCCGCUGAUCCUCGUCCAUGAUGGAGGAUACUGCCAUACAUAAAUAUUUUCGGUGUGAUGAACAGGGAAUCAGUUAUUGUGAUGAAGCUCCACAUCAAAGCAGAUCGUCGCCCUUUUUGUUCGUUUUCAUUCCAAAUUUGUUUUUCAUUUUCUGAAAUGGGCAUCGGCAACAAACAUUCCAUAGACAGACACCGGCUGAUGUUUCUGAGGCAGGGUGGGGCGCGUCUUUUCAUCACCAUACGGUCUCAACUCCGCAGGCGGAACGCUUGGAUCGCGUGGAGAAGUCGGCCCAAAAGAUGCGGAAGGAUAUCAUAAUGAAAAACGCUCCGACCUUCGUAAUAAAAGCGAAGAUCAAUCAUACUGCUGCAUUGCUAAAGUUCCAGAUAGCAUCCAGAAUCACGCACGAGCUGCGAUUUUUCCUUUGUUUGCAAGCUUCGCGACGAGCAGCAGCUGCUCUGACACGACAAAUAUCUCGGCCUUCUCCUGUGCCUCUCCGUCGCGCGUCUUAUCGCACAUUUGCACUGCAUUCAUGUCGCUCUUGUUCCUUCAUGCUCAUGCAGGCCGAUAUGACUCACGGUGAUGAUUUCAAUCAAGAAACAUCACGUCGCAAGCUUUCAGUUGUACAGUAGCUUUUCAUGAGAAAAGGGGGAUGCUUUUCACUUUGAUAAAAGAGUACCUGGAUUCUGCGGCGCAUAAGGCAGCCGUGAUCGGCUUCACGAAAAAUCCCGAUAUUGCCUCGGAUUUGAACCAUAUGACUGAAAAAAAGUGUUUCAUCAUUAUGACCAUUUUGCAGUUGCUGGAUUCGCAUGAUGAGGGAACUUGUAGCUUCGCUCAACAAAGAAAAUCUGCCAUGCCCCGCGCUUCCCUGGAAAAAUGAAGACAGAAAAAAAUAGGAUGAUCUGCUGCGUUUCCUGCCGACAACCGACCAACGAACACAGGAGGCGUGGGUAUCAGAAACACAAUCGCAUGCCCUGCAUUAUAAUACUGUUUAUGAAACAUGAAACAAGCUUUUCUCCUUCCAUAUACCAGGAAUGCAAAGAUCAGGAGAAGGGCAAGGAAGAACAGUUUCUGUUUCUCCUCUACCGGAAAAACAACGGCGUCGAUUUGUGCAAAACGGACAACUUAUCCCGCAGACAUCUAUAAGCUAGAUAAGUACUUGUCUGCCAGCCCUCACCAGCAGCUGAUAAACCUGCUUACGUACUCGCUUUAUCGUAGCGGGUGGCUCUCUGGGAGAGCAAAUCAAUACUCAUUGUGAUGCAUCAUUGACAUCUCGAAAUAAACAAAGGGCGAUGCAUGUAGAGCAGACCCACGUAAGUAGGUAGCCGCUAGAUUUCGGCGGGAUACAGCGUCGACAAGAUCUGGAAUUGGGAACAGUACGUUAAGAAGCGUGUCACGAAGGAGGGAAAGGGGUAAAAUUUUCUUCCUGCACCAUAUUUUUAACACACUGCUGAUAGAUAUCAUGCGUGCCCGCACAAUGCACGACACUACAAACUGUUUACUCAAUGGAAGCACGUAAGAAUAAAGCAGACAGGUCUGAUCGUGUUCGUGAAUGAUAGCAGUAUAUUUAUAAAGAUCCACGACAUCAACACCAGUCGGCAGAAGUUCUAGUAAAAAGCGUUGUACUUGCUUUUAUGACUAUGACGCAACAGGUACGCGUAUGGCCCGGACUUCUGUCCGCUCAAUCCUGACAUGAACAUCGGACCCCGCAUGAUGGCCCGAAAUGCAACCGGCUGGAAUGGAGCUGCAUCCAACAUUUUGUACCAUAAGACCUUCUCAAACGUUACAAUCUCAAACGUUACGGUUACAAUUGAGUCUGGGAUUUGUCUUGUUGCAUGAUGAGCAUGACAGACUCGCAGAGCGUUCCACUUUCUGCAAUACAAAUUUCGCCCGAUUCUACUGCGGUUUGGAGCUCCAAAACUUGUCAUGCGCAAUCCUGUGGGAGUUGGCUAGAUCACGCACUUCUUGCAUCACAGACUUCCAUACUCUGUUGUAAUGUUUGAGAUUGUAACACUUGAGCAGGUUAUAUACCAGACCCAGGGUUUUAUGGAGCCAUGUGACAACUACAAAACCGCAGGGCAUCCCGGCUACCACGAACACAAAGCGUGCGUGUUGAAAGGUCAGAGCCCCACGAUCAAACUAUCGCAAGAACUGCCCUUGUCUUCUUUACUGUAAGUACUUGGCGAAAUGCAACACAGAUGCACAGGCCUGAGUGAACAAGAAGUAGAGCAUCUGUUUUACAACAGUGGCAUGUCAAAAGGCGAAUAGAUACCGCAACAGGAGAAAAAUCUAUCAACACUUGCUUCUUUCGCAAGUAGGUACUAACUUGUUCUUCAAGAUCUCGUCUCAGGCAGAAAGGACUAUACUAGCUAUUCCUGCACGGAAUCAUGACGACAGUUCUUCUUUUCAUACGCCUGCGAGUGCGAAGACCGUUCCGCGUGCACGACAACGUAAGAACUUAAAAUUGAAAACUCUGAUGCCGCAGUAGUUUAUUCGCUUUUGGUUUUGGAUGAAGAAGGAGAAUGAAAUACACAUCCUCUUCCUCGUGGUGAAGAUUACGAUUACCCUGUUAGAAACCUGCAUCAUAAAUUAUGAUUGCAGAAACUCGACCUAUUGGGGUGCGACGCGACCAGAUGUCCGGGUGUGCAAGACCACGGCGGACAGCACGUGCAUCGACGACAGAGGGGGCUACUCUGCGAGUGCCUGCGUCCGCUGCGCGGAAAAAGAUUCCAACACGCCAGGUCUCACUGCAAAAAAGGGCGACUCCUCCACGCCGGGAACUUGUCUCGAAGACAUGCGCGUCGGCUUCAACAGGUUUCUCACUUUAUUGCUUCGUUCAUUCAUUCUAAUACUUCCUCCAAUUUUGGUUUUGCUUUUGUCCUCAUUAUUUAUUGUACCAAAUCCUGCUGCUAUGCUAUUUCUACCCGGCACGAAACCGUUGCGACGUGGUGAGCCACAGAAACCUUGCUGGUUCUGGAAAUGUGGAUGCACAAUUUAGAAGUCACAGUCAGAAAUGAAACUGAUUCUACGAACUUACUGCUACCGCAGGGACCAAAUGCCGCAGGCCUUUUGGUGCAGCAAUUUGGUAUCACAUUGAAUGAAAAUGAUCUUCCUCGUCAUUCAAUUUUGUGGUCGUAAAUUAAAUGGCGCAUUCCUUGUGUCGUGUGUAUAUGAUUCAUAAGUGAUAAAUUCUGAGCGCAGUGCUAGAGAUAACCUGACGCGCCGGCAAAAGGAACGAGGGGCAAGUAGCGCUGCCACCUAGUCUUCGUUGCGCGCUCGUCAGAGGCUCAGCUACCGCUACGCAUCGAUUGAUAUACCGUUGGUGCAGAAGAUGAGUUGGGAUAUUAAAGUACCUGCAGGGGCAGGUUGUGGCUAGUUGCAUGUUUUUGUUUUAAUAUUCUUACCUUCAAAUAAUUGGUUGCUUUAUUGAAGUGCAAUGCAUGGACUUGCCACUGCACCAGUCUGGACGGGGGAGAUCCUUUUCAAAGCAAUAGUUUGCGUUUUUGUCGCCCGUUGGGUUGAUGAAUGCCGUCGCCUACGUAUCAUUUGCAAAACGGCCCCUACUUACUCCCCAUCAAGUCCUUUGUUUCUGGCUGCACUGUAUAAACCAAAUACUUACAUCAAAUUUCCGUAUUUAAAUGCAAGAAAAUAUGCAUGUUGAUGGUCUUUUGAUUAUUGUGCAGCUACAUCAUGGACAUUCACAUUUUCUACUACUUAACGUCGCUUUAGGUGCUGUAAACUCGUGGCGCACCAGCGCACACGCCACACAAUCACAAAGUGUGUGAGUGCCGUUCGGGUGCGACCCUGCAAAAUAGCAGCGAGCAGCAGAAGUGAUAUGUAAUGUAUCGUUCUUGUAGUUCUCACUGCGGUUGUUGUGGGGAAGGACAGGGGCUUGUCGCAUAUGAUACUAGAACUUCGACGCCUCGGUUGACGACCCCACGCACUGGGCCGUGAUGCUCCGACCCAGUCCGGAUCCGCAGGACCCCGCUGCCGCGGAAACCCGUGCGAACAAAUACGGUCCGGUGAUCAGUGACAGUCACUACGGCGCCUCUACACUUGGGCUGCUCCGGGAGUUCAGUUUCCGCCCAGUGAUGGCGGGCUUCAUGACAGACGUGGUGCUCUCUAUCACAGAGAAAAAAUUGCACGUCUGCCUUUAGCUUUACCAGAUUUGUGCGUAGUUGAAUAAUUUGCAUUCUGUUUUGCACGUGUACGAGUUCGCAUUAGUAUUUUGUUUUUGGAUAUAUGUUUGAAUUUCCGCGAAUAAUGUAUGCCCCGCGAUUUUUCGCUUAGAUGUCCGAAAAUGCCUGGCCUUAGCAAAGGGAGCCACGACCUAUGGCCUCAGGGAUGCAGGCUGUUCCUGCCCCGCAACGGGGAGAGGGCAGUUGCGUGGAGUACAAAACUCUUUACUCAAAAUCAGCAGUAUCGCUUUAUCAGGUUUGAAGAAAAAUACGCCAUUCGUUUUCUCUGGCAUAUUUUCCGGGACCCACCGAGACCGACGGCAGGAACUGGUGAGGAAUGGAACUUGCGACCAGUGUAUCAACUGUAAAAAUGUCUGGGUCUGGAAGAAUUCAUGUUUGUCAUGGUUGUCUGGCAUGACUCUUAAAUCUGUCAUGCACGUUACCCAAGAGCUCCGUUUUUCUGUGAUGCAGAAGGGCAGUUUGUCAUGCAGAAUAGGCAACACCUAGGAGCUCAGAAACUUGUCAUGCUGAGCCAGCAUUUGUAGCCUCAUCAUGAGACGCCAACCAGCAUCACAAGUUUCCAGACCCAGACAUUUUUACUUUUGAUACAGUGUCGCGCCGAGCUCGAAACAGCGUACGUCGCGGACCUGGACCGUUUCAACGGCAGCUACGUCGCUCCCGCGGACUCGUGCAGUGACUGCCACAAGGGCGGCGACGACGCGUGUUACGGCUGCGUCGCGGGCGGCGCGGGCGGGCCGCUCCCCCCGGGCGCAGAUCCCAACCUCGAAAACACCAACCGCGAUCCCGCCCUCCCGGGAAACCAGAACGUCGCCGAGUGCAUGGGCUACACGACAGAAAACGACUGCUGGACCAACGGCUGCCAGUGGUACACGUCCACCUUCCUGGCGGCUUUCACCAACGCAGGUGGGUUGGACCCGGCACACUGGACCCCGGCUGGUGCUGCCACGGUAUCCCUUGUGGAAAAGUGCUCGUCACCCCCAGACUUCUCGUGCCAUUUCGCAUGAUGCCCAGAAAAGAAUGUGUCUCGUGUGCGGCGGCCCCUCGACGGGCAUGUGUAGUCGUAUUUAUUCUCGUGCUCAUGCUUAUUCACGCAGCCAGGGCCACGGUAGCUAAGCACGACUUCUACUUCGCUUACCCACAUACACAUUAGUCAUGACUCCCACCACUUGAACUUCUUGACACGUAGUGCAGAAGAAUUCCCAUUUUGAAUCUUGGGUGGCGUCGCUUUUGCGCACGAUACCUGGGCAUUUGUCGUCUAUGCAUUGUAAAUAUUUAUCUGGAUCUGGUUCCACAGUGGAAGCAAACGUUGUGCUUGUGAUGCUCGGUUGGCAUGACUGUGAUGUAUCGUCAUCCUCGAUGUGUUGUGGUCACGCAUGUUGACACGACAACGGUGCAGUUGUUUGCACGCAAUUGCUGUUCAUGCUUAGCUGCGUACUGAUCGCUUGUGUGCAGAGAGCAUCCACGAAUUGACGUAACAUGCUUGUUCAGGCGCCAGAUCAAUCUUUGCCGUCUAUAGCGACCGUGCGUCGACGACUCGCGCACUAUUUUUCGGCAUCCGGUGGUCACCUUGGCCGGUUGCGCCGUCCAGGAUACGGCCUGCGCGUGUGGAGUGAACUCCGGCGGCUAUUGUGAGGAAAAACGUACCCACACCAGAGUUGUAAUGCAGAUUUGCAAAGACAGGAAGACCUGUAAUGCGCAUCCCCAUGAGAGCCAUUCCCAGUCGUGUUUUGGAAUUUGUGAUGCUGUGAACAGGAUGAGCAGAUGAAUCUGUGAUGCGGAUGCACUUGCUAACCUGCACUACACUGCAUAGUGAAGCUUGUCACGCGUGACUCACAAAACUCCUGGGUUUGUGUUGCAAAAUCCCCAUCCUGACUCUGGUGUGGGUACGUUUUUACUCAGGAUAGCGGCUGCGCGAUCGCCAUGGCCUGGGAUGUCGCUUCGCGGGCCUGCCCCCAUGUCUGCCCGCAACAUAUUGGCAGCGCCGUUUCGAUGAACAACAAAAACUGUGCCAGUUCGGGCGUGAACCCGGACCUCCCGCCCCGGAGCCGCACCAUGCUCCGGAGGCUGAAGGACGCGCAAGAACAACAGAGCACGACAAAGACCUCCUCCGCCGAAACCUCCACGUCCGCACGCAAGUUGUCCGUCGCCCCCGCUGUGGCCGAGGGUACGGCUACGCAGGAACAGUGCCAGGCCUGCCGCGAGUACGUGACGCAAGGCCUGCCCGCGAGUCGCGACAGCCUCGAUGGGGACGGUUCCAAGGUGCGCGACACGAUGGCAGCCAGUUACGAGGCGGAAAACUGCAAGGGGUUCCUGGUGGCCAUCCGCAUGCGCGCCGAGUGCGAGCUGAACCACCCCGACUGGCGCCGUAUCUCCAACAACUGGACGCCGCCGCAGUUGAUAUCAAAUGCAACAGUGUCUGGGUCUGGAAGAAUGCAAGUUUGUCAUGAUGCUUGUCCGGCAUGAUUCGACGAGAAUCUGUGUUGCAUAGGCACGAAAAGACCCUCUUACCUGUCAUGCAAAAACGCAGCUUGCCAUGCGGAAUACGUAAGACAUGGCAGCCAAAAAAUUUGCGAUGCAUAGCUGCGUACUGCAGUCCGGCUAUCAUCCACUUUUUGCAUCACAAGUUUCCAGACCCAGACACUUUUACAAUCCAUAGCUGAAGGACCGGGACGAUUGGGUCCGCGAAAUGAUUAGCGAGUACAACGAGAACUACAAGUAUUCAAUAAAAAAACACCCUCACAAUCACUUUUGCACAUUUUUGCAAUACAAAAAUUUUUGUCAUGCGCAAAAAUGCAUCACAGUCAAGAGUUAUUGGUGAUUUCCCUUUGUGUUUUUGCAAUACAAGAAAAAUUUGUCAUGCGAGAGAAAUUUCUGGUGCAAAACCUCCUAAAUGUGAUUGUGAUGGUGUUUCUUCCUUGGAUGACAAGAAGGAUCCCGAGACGGGGGAGAAGCUGGACGCGCCCCCCGCGGGCAAAACGUAUGCGGGCGAGCCCAGCCGAUGGCGCCAGCUGGAGGACGCCGGCAUCGGGGUCACCAUGUACCACCCCUACUUCCUGGGCCAGGAGACGACGGAGCUCGUCGUAGCGGAAUUGGCAUCCCUGUCUCUGACCUUACGCAGGAAAAAGAUUUGUUGCUUUUCAUCUUCGAUCUGUCCUUUAUUUCUAAUCUGUGCAGCUCCAGGAUGGUCCUGGCAGGACGCCACAAUGUCUCAACAUGCAUGGCCAGCGACACAUCAUGAUACACAAGAAAACUCCACGGCCAUAUUAAUCUUCGGCAUGAUCAUAUGUGUACGACGGACGAGCAUAAGUAGCAGGCUUGUUCUACGUGGGAAUAAAAGUAGUUGUGCAUUUUCUACUGCUGCAGCACCGCGGAUAAGUAAUUCAUUACGCUGAUCGAUCGAUCCUGGCACAGCACCACCAUGAUUUUUUUUUCUGCAUAGGUGUUUGUACUCAUGUACUUCUUCCUGAUCGCCGCCAUCGGCCCGAAACAGUGGCGGCGGUGGGUGUUGAGCUCCCUCGUGCUGGUGCAGCCCUUCCUCGCCAUCCUGCUCGCUAUGUAUCAAAUGUAAAAAUGUCUGGGUCUGGAAACUUGUGAUGCUGAGUGGCGUAGCAUGAGGAGGCCUCAAGUGCUGGCCCAGCAUGACAAAUUUCUGAGCUUGUAGGUGUUGCCUAUUCUGCAUGACAAAUUGCGUCUCCGCAUGACAGAAAAACGCUGCUCUUGGGCAACGUGCAUGACAGGUUUAUGAGUCAUGCCAGACAAGCAUGACAAACAUGCAUCCUUCCAGACCCAGACAUUUUUACAUUUGAUACUAUGGGCAUGAGUGCAAUCCCCUGGUGGUGGUGGGUGCCCGGUGACCUGGACCGGGACGGCGAGGAGGACUAUCGAAAGGAAAAAUCCCCCCUCCCCAUAUCAAAACUGAAUUUCUGAUGCUGGAUUUGCUUACACAAAUCAGCUUUGUAUUGCAGAGAGGCACUGCGGCCACGUCCCCAGGCUAGGUAGGGGCGUAUGGGUCUAGUUGUUCAGCAUGGCAAACGGCUCCCCUUUAGGCCCAACAGCAUGACAAGCCGCUUCCAUAAUAUGGCGAGCGCUUCUGUCCUUGUCUUCUUGCAAGGCAAACGUGAUUUGUGACCUCAAAUCAGCAACACAGAUCUUCGGAGACAUACCUUUUCAAUAUGGGGAGGGGGGAGUUUUCCUUACGAUAAGGAUAUGGUGGUCCCCACCACCGUGCUCACCGCCCUGGGUCUGCACUUGAUGCUCGCGGUCGUCGUGGAUUACGACAUUAUCCUCGUGCGGGCGUUCGACCGCAUCACCAAGAUGCUGCCGUUUGAGGACCGGGUGGCCGUGGCCGCCGGGUACGCCCACCGAACCGUCUCCGUGUCGAUGUUGGUCGGCGUCGCGGCCUUCGCCCUCGGUUCCUUCGUGGAUCUCCCGGUGCUCACCUACUUCUGUUGGCAGUCCUUCGUGGCGAUGAUCGGCCUGUACGUGGGGAUGUAUUACAAGGAAAAAUGCCCCCACCCCCAGCUUGGCAGCAUUUGUAUUGCAAACCCUUCCAACAGAAACAUUCCCCGUCUUGCAUAUCUCAGCAUCACAGAUUUUCGAUGCUGAAUAGGUCAAAUUUGUGUUGCGAAGCAGCCCAACAGCAGCCGGAUCUGUUAUGCACAAGGCACCUUGCGCACCCAGAUUCUGCAUCAGAAACGCUCGCAAUCCUUUGAUGCAAGACAAAAAGCUUUCAUUUGGAAACUUUGCAUGACAAAUUGAGGGGUGGGGGCGUUUUUCACUGUAAUAGGAUGUUCUCCAUGUUCCUGGCGACCAUGGUCAUGCUGGAAAAGCAGGACCCCGCCAACGCGCAGUAUCAAAUGCAAAAAUGUCUGGGUCUGGAAGAUUGCCAGGUUUGUCAUGCACAUUUUGCAUGACUCCUGAUGUCUGUGAUGCAUUCCCUAGCAUCACAGACUUUCUGAGGGCUUCCUGAUGCCUAUACCGCAUGACAAAUGCUCUUUCCGUGUAGCAAAACUUGGACCCUCUUUGCUGCUCAUGCAAUACAGAUUUUUUUAGAAUCCAAAAUCAGCAUGACAAGUUGGAUUCUUCCAGACCCAGACAUUUUUACAGUUGAUACGCAGGAGGAAAACGUGAAAAAUCUGACCGCAAAGUCGACGAUGAAAAAACUGGUGGUGAAGAACUCCGCGGACAUGAAAUUCGCGAACGCGCUCUCCAAGCCGGUCAUCGUCGCGGGCAUCUGCGUCGUGGAGCUCGCUUUCAUCUGCCUGUACCUCUUCGGCGAGCCGUUGAAGGCCGAGUUCGAGGGGAGCCGGUACCUGCUGCCGGACAGCAAGGUGCGCGUGUUCACGCUGAAGGUGGACGAGAUGGGGGGGCUCCCGGAUCCGGUCUCCGUGUGGUUGCCGCCCUCGCAUAUCGGCCAGUACCACAAGAAGGAAAACCGCCAGUACUACAUGCAGGUGAUCGACCAGAUGCGCGCCAUCCCGGAGGUGAAGGCCAUUGACGCCGGCCUGCCGAGUCUCUGGUCCUGGUUGCAUGAGUACGAGGCGCAGCUCCGGGGCGUACAGGGCUUCCAGGGCUUCGAGAAGGCGCAGGACCCGGGCUACAACGCCUAUUCUGCGAACUACGACACCACCGCCGGCGAGUACCGCCCGGCCCAUGCGUACGCGUCCACCUACGCGCACAAGGGCUGCGUGGCCUGCCCGCGCAUGAUCCGGUCCGCCUACUACGAUACCGCUUUGCGACUCCCCGACACCAUGACCGACGCCCAGAUUGACUUGAUUUUCGCCGCCCCCGCGGCAUUGACCAAGGAGCACAACGGCCCCUUCGUGCAGUUUUUGGUCAAAGACGUGGAUUACAGCGUGCCGGGCCUCGAGUUCUACUCCGGCGGCCAGGGUGCCGCCAUCACGGUGAACAGCGCCGCGUCGCUGGCGGACGCCUUCCAGGGCACUUUGGCCUCGGACGGGUUCCACAUCGCCUCCGUCACCAAGGUUGCGCCCAGCUCCUCCACCUGCGGCGAGGUGCUGCGUUCGCUGAACCCGAAGCACGCCGACGAACGCUUCGCCAACGACACCUCGGUGGCCAGUUUCAAGUGGUGGCUGAAGUCCGAAGUGAACAAACUCAGCACCGGCGGCAAGCUGGAAAUCUAUCAAAUGCAAAAAUGUCUGGGUCUGGAAACUUGUGAUGCUGGGUGGCGUAACAUGAGGAGCCCACAAGUGCUGGCCCAGCAUGACAAGUUUCUGAGCUUCUAGGUGUUGCCUCUUCUGCAUGACAAACUGCGUUUCUGCAUGACAGAAAAGUGGCGCUCUUGGGUAACGUGCAUGACAGAUUUGAGAGUCAUGCCAGACACGAAUGACAAACAUGGACUCUUCCAGACCCAGACAUUUUUACAUUUGAUAAAAUCCGCUUCAAAUCCAUUUUCGGCGGCCGGUUCGCGACCGACGACACCUUCUUGAGCGACAAGGUGGCCUGCUCCAACCGGACGGACUACGUCGGCGUGCGGGAAGACUUCUGGGGUACGCCGGAGGGGGAGCCCUACUUCUACGACUUCGUGCACGACUUCUACGAGAACUGGGACCAGUACAAGACCUGCUGCGCCACCCAGUACCGCCCCAACACGCUGCUGGACAAGCGGGCGGGGAUAUUGAGAGGAAAAAUCCCCCCUCCCCAUAUCGAAAAGGUAUGUUUCCACAAAUUUGUCUUGCUGAUUUGAUGCCGCAAAUCACGCCUGUCUUGCAAGAAGACGACGCCACAGGCUCUGCCGCAUUAUGCAGGCGGUUUGUGAUGCUGUUGGGCCUACAGCAUAAACGUUUCUCAUGCUAAGCGCCUAGGCCAAAACCUCUCUACUCAGGCUUGGGAGGAGCCUGAAGUCCUCUACUGCAAGACAAACCUGAUUUGUGCACGCAAGUCCAGCAUCAGAAACUUCCUUUUGAUAUGGGGAGGGGGGAUUUUUCCUUGUGAUAGGGGAAGGAGAACAAGCCCCACACCGCGGUCUUCCCCAAGGUGGAAUCCGCGGCGGGCCGCAUCCACUGGGCCACCUAUGGGCAGAAGGUCGCCGGCCUGCGGUCCUCGAUCUAUCCUAUGUAAAAACGUCCCCACCCCCUAUGUAAAAACGUCCCCUUCGAAAUUUCUCUGUCUUUAAAUUUGGUCUUUUCCAGUACAUAAACACCCCAGAGUCAAGAUGGGGAAUCGGCUAGACAAUUCCGCAAGUUUUGGCUGUUUUGCAUGACAAACUUGGACUCGUAGCGUAGUACUGUUUGAGAUAGUUCAGCAGCGUCACAGGUCUAGCACAUCUUCAUGCUGAUUGGAGCAUAACAAAUUCCACAACGCGACGAGAUAACUCUUCUCAUGGGGCUUCGCAUGAGAAACAUUUUCAGCAUGCUGAUUUGCAUUACAGCUAUGGGGUGGGGACGUUUUUAAAUGCGAUACGAUCGUGACCUUCUUCAUGAAGUACGACUUGAACGACAGCAAGCACCGCAUCAAGGUGAUGCACCUGCUGCAGGACCACCUGGAGAAGCACCGCAGCAUGUACCCGCACCGCUGGGGUUCCCUGUCGAAGGAUUCCGGCGGCGACCCGGACGGCAAGGCUGACGACUCGUUUGUGGUCGCCCGCUUCUUCCCCAACGCGGAUCGCGAUGAGAACAUGAACGACUACUUGCAACACCACUUGCUCUUCGUCUACAUCGCAACAAUUAUUUCCUGUGUCGUUUUCAUGCACCCCUUCUAUGGCACCUUGACGGCCGUCUUCUUGAUGCUCACCAUGAUGCAAAUCCAAGGACUCAUGAGCGCUUUCGGAAUGAACUUAGGUACAGUGAAUAACUUUAACUUCUGUUCUUAUUUAGCGUCUCUUGUACUACGCGCCGUCGUCGGCUCUGCACAUCGCAUGCUAACUAUAAUACGGUUAACGAGCAUGGUACUUGCAGUGCAGCUGGACAGUGAAGAAAGAAUCUGAAUCGUGGCCGCAGCACCGCACUAACACAAUUUCAAUUGUCCUCCCGCGGCAAUAGCUGCAUGUCGUGGUCAACUUAAUUUCUGUGUAACCUACCCACUCCACAGAUAUCGUGACGUUCGCGGUUUUGGUGAUGGCAUAUCGAAAUCAAAAUCUUUUUCACUCCGGUUCACGCUACAGGCACACAGAUACAAUGAUAGAGACGCAUGGCUGUUGACAGUGAUAAGUAUUUAUUCUCCGGCAAGGGAACGAAGAUUUUUCUACUCUAUGUAGACGAGUACUUGUUGUGUGGCAGGACGAGUGAUAAUGAAAGAUUUUCAGUUUCAUACGUUGAUGGGCUUCGCGAUUGAGUACGUGGUCCACAUCGCGCAUGCCUCUAUCCAGACAUCAAUUUUGUCGGUGUACUGCUUUGCUUCGUAUCUUGCAUGCGUAGAAAAUUCCCAUUUUUGGCAUGCCAGAUGCGCCAUGAAGAACAGGAUUUACUUGCUUGAUCGUGCCUGGCGGGACAUCGUAGAGCGGCUAGGUUGUCGGUAGCUGCGAGCAGCGGCUAGGCAGUAGACCGUAUCAAACUGCAUCGAUGGCGAUGGGAAUAAAGCGAGGCAUACUAGUACAACUACCACGCUUUUUACAUUGCACAACCGUCUUGCACUGCCAGGGUCGUGGGUUGGAGCGCACGAAAAACGCCCAGGAAGAAAUGGGCCUGACGGUGUUUUCCGCAUUUCUCUCCACCGCAGUUCAGCAGAUCUAUGGCGCUGCACAACUCUCUCUGUUCCUUUUCAUUUUCAGUAAGUAGUUCUUCAAAACGCCAGCCCCAGCGAGUGCAGUUUUUGAGUCGGUUAGCUGCUGGCACUGUUUGAAGGAUAACGUUGCAGAAAACCGAAUAGGAGUAAGUUGUACAAGAACCCGUGUGUGACUUUCCGUAACAUUUUUAUGCACAAAUUUUUGCAUCACACAUGGGUGGCGCAUCACCUCUGUUGCUCGUCUUCAUCAUGCCCUUCACAACAUGCAUGCGGAGCAGGGGAAGUUCUGCAAUCGGAUAGGAUUGUACUGCUGUUUAUGAACUCCAGUUUGGUGUUCGAGACGUACUCCGGCACCAUGAUGUUGGUGAUCAUCAAGAGUGGUAUGACCGGUUUCCUCCUUGUCCCCUCGCUGCUGGGGCUUCUGGACAUGGGAAUGGAAAAGUUCUUCCCGCAGAUGGAGGGUAUCCAGUGCAAAUAAUAUAUCUGGGUUUGGAAGAAUGCAAGAGGUUCUUCGUCAUGCUUGUCUCAGAUGAAAACUUGAAUCUGUAAUGCGUGAACAGGAAAAAAACCGCACCGCUUGCCUGUCGAGCAAAACUGCAAUUCUCCAUGCGCAAAGCGAAAGAACGCAAAUGAGCACAGAAACUUGUCAUGCGUGGCUGCGUAUAAUUGCAGAGGUCCGCCCACCAUGAUUCACAAACUAGCAUGAUCACGAGGCGCGUUUGUGGUUUCAGUCGUUUUAAGCAUCACAAGCUUCCAAACAUAUUUGCAAUGCAUAGAGGGCGGCAUGGCGCAAUCUCGGAGAAGAAGCUUGGAAAGCGUGGACGCCUAUUGCCAUGAAAAAUCCCCCUUCCCCAUAUCAAAACGGAAAUCUGUGAUGCAGAUUUGGGGUCACAAAUCAGCUCUGUGAUGCUAGAAGGCAAAAGAUGCGGACUGUAGUGCUGUCUAGCGUGGGAAAGCCUUGCAACUCCAGGAUGACAGGAGGCAACUGGAAGUGGGAAACAGCAUGACAGAUUACCUGCAAUUUAGGCCGCAGCUUCGUCUCUUGGCCUUCUAGCAAUACAAGUCGAUUUGUGUACUCAAAUACAGCAUCACAAAUUCGCGCAUCUUCCGUUUCCGAUAUGGGGUGGGGGCUUUUUUCACUUUGAUAACGCCCUCACCCCGAAAAACCUCGAAGAGCUCCAGAAGGUCGCAGAGGCCGCGUAAAUUUCAUCUGAACACCUGGAAAUUUUUUUUUACCAUCUUGCACGCUCCCAAGCAAGAAACUUGUGAAGCUUUAGAUCAACAACUAAAUCAGUAGGUAGAAGUACAUUAUUUUCAUCGACUAGGCGUAUCCGGAGAACCCGGUUCCACUGAAGACGAAAACAAAUGAAGUAACGCCUGUGCACCACGCUUCGAAUGUGCAAUUGCCUGCGUUUCGGCAAUAUAAAGAACUGUGAGUUUCCUGCGCCUUUUUCUUGUUUCUAUUUCCAGAGCUAAAGCAAACGGGGCACAUAACAACACCAUGACUUGUUCAUCUAGUGCACAGAUGCAUGUAAUAGAAAAAUAUACUAAAGUAGAAGCUUCUUAUAAAUAAUUCCAAUAUUUAUAUUUUCAAGUUAGUUCUGCAAAAGUAACAACAGCAGUCACAAAAUAAACAAAAUUUUUAAGCACUCAAAUCUGAAAAACAAAAUCAUUAAUAAAACCACAACGACAACGCCAGAGCCAGUCAAAGGCGAAGAUACAGAUACGAUGAAAUAUUAGAUCAAGUAAAAGCAUAUUUGUUGAAACUGCUCUAUUAGAAAGUGAAAGAAUACUAUCGGGAUUACUUACCAAGACAUCAACUCUCAUGUUAGUGGUCCACUUGUUUGCCACUACAUGACAAAGACCCCCUCGUCUAUGCAGGUCCCGUGCCCGGCGAUCCUGGGGCGGAAAUUGGGGAAAUGCCUAAGGGAUCUUGGUACGGCAGCAGUCAUACUGUACGCCGUAAACUACGG